GUGUGUGGCUGUGUGUGCGAGUGGGGCGCAGCCUGCCUCCUCCUCCUCCUGCUCCUCUCUCCCCCCUUUGGGAUGCCAUUUAACAGGCGCCCUGCUUCCCUCGGAGUGCGCGGAGGGAGCUGCCUGCGCCUUCGGGCUUGAGGCAGGCAUGCAGCCCCGGCGUCUCCCGCGAUAGGCGGACCUUGGCGGCGGUCGCAAUGCAGUUCGGCGAAGGCGGCGGGGAACGGCGAGGGCUUUGCGAAGCGGCGCAGCAGCAGCGAGGCGGCGACCGAGGAGGCGGCGGAGGCAGGAGCGGCAGCGGGGACGGAGGCUGCUGCUGAAGCCGAGGAGGACGCGGCUGCUCCGGCCACGAGGAGGAGCGGGGAUUGGGCUCGUCUUCGCGCCGGGAUUUGCACCGAACUUGGCGGAUUUGGGAGUUGGCUUGUUCUUCUUGUUGUUGCUCUUCUUCUUCUUCGGGGAGGAUGAAGGCGCUGGGGACGCUGCUUCUGGCGCUGUUGCUCCAUCCCGGGGCGGUGGCGCCGCAGCCCUGCCCGGCUCAGUGCUCCUGCUCGGGCAGCACCGUGGACUGUCACGGGCUGGCGCUGCGGAGCGUCCCGAGGAACGUCCCCCGCAACACCGAACGCCUGGAUCUUAAUGGGAAUAAUAUCACAAGGAUCACCAAGACUGAUUUUGCUGGCCUACGGCACCUUCGAGUUCUUCAACUCAUGGAAAACAAGAUUAGUACAAUUGAGAGAGGAGCAUUCCAGGACCUGAAAGAGCUGGAGAGACUGCGUCUGAACAGAAAUAAUCUUCAGCUCCUUUCUGAAUUGCUGUUCCUUGGGACUCCGAAACUCUACAGACUGGAUCUCAGUGAAAACCAGAUUCAUGCCAUUCCAAGGAAAGCUUUCCGUGGAGCAGUGGACAUUAAAAACUUGCAACUGGAUUACAACCAGAUCAGCUGUAUUGAAGAUGGGGCAUUUAGAGCUCUCCGUGAUCUGGAAGUGCUCACUCUCAAUAAUAACAACAUCACACGAUUGUCGGUGGCAAGUUUCAACCACAUGCCCAAGCUCAGAACCUUCCGACUUCACUCCAACAACCUUUACUGUGAUUGUCAUCUGGCUUGGUUAUCUGAUUGGCUACGCCAGCGACCCCGGGUUGGCUUAUAUACUCAAUGUAUGGGCCCAUCACACUUACGAGGUCACAACGUAGCUGAAGUUCAGAAACGAGAAUAUGCAUGCAGUGGUCAUCAGUCUUUUAUGGCUCCCUCCUGCAGCGUCUUGCACUGCCCCGCUGCAUGUACCUGUAGUAACAACAUUGUGGACUGCCGAGGGAAAGGCCUUGCUGAAAUCCCAACCAAUCUUCCAGAAACCAUAACAGAAAUACGACUGGAGCAAAAUUCAAUCAAGUCCAUCCCCCCUGGAGCUUUCUCACCAUAUAAAAAGCUUAGAAGAAUUGAUUUGAGUAAUAAUCAGAUCUCAGAAGCCGCACCAGAUUCUUUCCAGGGCCUGCGCUCACUCAAUUCAUUGGUUCUCUAUGGAAACAAAAUCACAGAACUCCCCAAAGGUCUAUUUGAGGGGCUUUUCUCUCUGCAAUUACUAUUAUUAAAUGCAAACAAGAUAAACUGCCUGCGAGUCGAUGCAUUCCAAGACCUGCACAACUUGAACCUUUUGUCCUUAUAUGACAAUAAGCUUCAGACCAUUGCAAAGGGCACUUUUUCCCCACUACGAGCAAUUCAGACCUUGCAUUUGGCUCAGAACCCAUUUAUUUGUGACUGCCAUCUGAAGUGGCUAGCGGAUUAUCUCCAUACAAACCCUAUUGAAACCAGCGGUGCCCGCUGCACCAGCCCCCGCCGUUUGGCAAACAAAAGGAUUGGCCAGAUCAAAAGCAAGAAAUUUCGCUGUUCAGCUAAAGAACAGUAUUUCAUUCCAGGAGUUCACCAUUUGGGCUGCACAGAAGAUUACAGAUCCAAACUAAGUGGAGAUUGCUUUGCAGACCUGGCCUGUCCUGAAAAAUGUCGCUGUGAAGGAACAACAGUUGACUGCUCCAAUCAGAAGCUCAGUAAAAUUCCUGACCAUAUUCCUCAGUAUACAGCAGAAUUGCGACUCAACAAUAAUGAAUUUGCUGUGUUGGAGGCAACAGGCAUCUUUAAGAAGCUUCCUCAACUGCGUAAAAUAAAUCUAAGCAAUAACAAAAUAACAGAUAUUGAAGAAGGAACAUUUGAAGGAGCGUCUGGUGUAAACGAACUUCUGCUCACCAGCAACCGGUUGGAGAACGUUCGGCACAAAAUGUUCAAAGGACUAGAAAGUCUCAAAACCUUAAUGCUACGGAGCAAUCGCAUUAGUUGUGUGAGCAAUGAUAGCUUCACAGGCCUGAGUUCCGUCCGAUUGCUCUCCUUAUACGAUAAUCAAAUAACUACAAUCGCUCCUGGAGCUUUUGACACUCUUCAUUCCUUGUCAACACUGAACCUCUUGGCCAAUCCAUUCAACUGCAACUGCCACUUGGCAUGGCUGGGAGAGUGGUUGAGGAAGAAACGCAUUGUGACAGGGAACCCUCGCUGCCAGAAACCCUAUUUCCUGAAAGAAAUCCCGAUACAGGAUGUUGCCAUUCAGGACUUCACUUGUGAUGAUGGAAAUGAUGAGAAUAGUUGCUCUCCACUCUCCCGCUGUCCUGCAGAAUGCACUUGCCUAGAUACUGUAGUUCGUUGUAGCAAUAAAGGUCUGAAGAGUUUACCCAAAGGCAUUCCAAAAGAUGUGACUGAACUCUAUUUGGAUGGAAACCAGUUUACCCUUGUCCCCAAAGAACUUUCAAACUAUAAGCACUUAACUCUUAUAGAUUUAAGUAACAACAGAAUCAGCACUCUUUCUAACCAGAGCUUCAGCAACAUGACUCAGCUACUCACCUUAAUUCUCAGUUACAACCGUCUUAGAUGUAUUCCAGCACGGACAUUUGAUGGCUUGAAAUCGCUUAGGCUGCUGUCCUUACAUGGCAAUGACAUUUCUGUUGUUCCUGAAGGUGCUUUUAAUGAUCUUUCAGCAUUAUCCCACCUUGCCAUUGGGGCAAAUCCACUUCAUUGUGAUUGCAAUAUGCAAUGGCUGUCUGAUUGGGUCAAGUCAGAAUAUAAAGAACCAGGCAUAGCCCGGUGUGCAGGUCCUGGGGAAAUGGCUGACAAGCUACUCCUUACCACUCCAUCUAAAAAAUUUACAUGUCAAGAGAUUCCAGGGCCUUGUGGUUUUCUAAUACCAGGUCCAGUGGAUAUUGGUAUUCUUGCCAAAUGUAGCCCUUGUUUAUCAAAUCCAUGCAAAAAUGACGGAACCUGUAAUAACGAUCCUGUAGAUUUCUACAGAUGCUCUUGCCCCUAUGGUUUCAAGGGCCAAGACUGUGACAUUCCAAUUCAUGCCUGCAUUAGCAACCCUUGUAAGCAAGGGGGGACUUGUCACUUAAAAGAAGGUGAAAAAGAUGGAUUUUGGUGUUCCUGUCCAGAUGGAUUUGAAGGGGAAAAUUGUGAAGUGAAUAUUGAUGAUUGUGAAGAUAAUGAUUGUGAAAACAAUUCCACUUGUGUAGAUGGAAUUAACAACUAUACUUGCCUUUGUCCACCUGAAUAUACAGCUGCUAAUCUGAAUGAAGUGGAAAAAGGCGAGUUAUGUGAAGAAAAGCUGGAUUUCUGUGCCCAAGAUUUGAACCCCUGCCAGCAUGACUCAAAAUGCAUCCUGACGCCCAAAGGAUACAAAUGUAAUUGCACACCUGGCUACGUUGGAGAACACUGUGAUAUUGAUUAUGAUGAUUGCCAAGACAAUAAGUGUAAAAAUGGAGCACAGUGUACUGAUGCAGUGAACGGCUAUACUUGCAUAUGUCCCGAAGGAUACAGUGGACUUUUUUGUGAGUUUUCACCGCCAAUGGUCUUGCCUCGCACCAGUCCCUGUGAUAAUUAUGAGUGUCAAAAUGGAGCCCAAUGCAUCGUCAAAGCCAAUGAUCCCAUCUGUCAGUGCCUGUCAGGUUACCAGGGUGAUAAAUGUGAAAAGUUGGUCAGUAUUAAUUUUGUGAACAAAGAAUCGUACUUGCAAAUUCCCUCAGCAAAGAUUCAUCCUCAAACGAAUAUCACUCUUCAGAUUGCUACAGAUGAAGAUAGUGGAAUUCUGCUAUAUAAAGGGGAUAGAGAUCAUAUAGCAGUGGAACUGUAUCGUGGGCGAGUGAGAGUCAGCUAUGAUACGGGAUCAUAUCCAGCAUCUGCUAUCUAUAGUGUUGAGACAAUCAAUGAUGGAAAUUUCCACAUAGUUGAAUUACUUGCGAUGGAUCAGAUCCUGUCUUUGUCAAUUGAUGGAGGAAGUCCUAAGAUCAUCACUAACUUAUCUAAACAAUCCACUUUGAAUUUUGAUUCUCCGCUUUAUGUAGGAGGCAUGCCUAUAAAGAACAAUGUUGCUGCAUUACGACAGUCCCCAGGUCAAAAUGGAACCAGUUUUCAUGGCUGUAUCCGUAAUCUGUACAUCAAUAGCGAACUGCAAGACUUUAGGAAUGUCCCACUGCAAGUAGGAAUUCUUCCAGGCUGUGAGCCCUGUCAUAAGAAGGUGUGUGUCCAUGGAACUUGCCACGAGACUAGCCAGUCAGGCUUUACUUGCGAGUGUGAAGGAGGAUGGACGGGAACACUGUGUGAUCAGCAAGCAAAUGAUCCUUGUCUGGGAAAUAAGGACAUGGGGGAGUCCUCUGUGAUGAAGAUGAAGAACUGUUUAACCCCUGCCAGUCCAUCAGAUGUAAACAUGGUAAAUGCAGGCUUUCAGGCCUUGGGAAACCGUAUUGCGAAUGCAGCAGCGGAUACACUGGGGACAGCUGCGAUAAAGCCAAAUCCAAUGAUUCUGCUCCUAGUUUUAUCACAAACUCUACUUUUGACCUCUCAUCUUCAACUGAUUUAUCACAGCGAAUUAUACAGAAAUCUCUUGUCGAGGGGAACGAAUCAGAGAUUACUUCCAAAAGCAGCAAGGUUACACCGCAUGCCAGACGACCAAGAAGGUAUCGAGACUAGAGUGCACGGGAGGGUGCGCAAGUGGGCAGUGUUGCAGGCCGCUGAGGAGCAAGAGGCGGAAAUACUCCUUUGAAUGCACAGAUGGGUCCUCUUUCGUGGAUGAAGUAGAAAAGGUGGUGAAGUGUGGUUGUACAAAGUGCCCCUCCUAAGCAAGCCCAACUUGCCCGACUUGUCCUCUUUUUUUAAAAAUGUUGUAUACUGAUUGACCGUGUCUCGGACUAAUUAAUGCUUCAUAGUGGAAAUAUUUGAAAUAUAUUGUAAAAUACAGAACAGACUUAUUUUUAUUAUGAGAAUAAAGACUUUUUUCUUUAAUUGCAACAACAGCCAGAACAACAAAAAUUCAAAUGCUUGAACUGAGACUUCUUGUAAGCAAGAGCUUUGAAGAUUUUUUUAAAAAGAGAAACUGGUAACAUUUCAACAGCAGUCGGAAAUUUAAUUGCUUAUUGACCUCAACCAUCCUUUAUGGCACACUGAAGAUAAAUAGGCACCCAGUUCAAGUGACUUUCAAUCCUGGCAUCUUAUUGCUGAAAAAGUAUGGGACUUUUUUUUAAAAAAAAUAUUUUAUGUUACUAUUUUUAACAAUAGAUUUUGGUCUUGGUUUUACUCUCAUAACAAGAGCAUAUCAAACUCUUCCAUGGAAUGGGAGAGAGGGUGUCAGGUGAAAAUGAUCCAUUUAACACAUAGGUGAUUCUUUUUACCUACCACACAAAUGAUCAUGUUGGGAAAAUUAAGCCUCUUGCCUCCCAGACAGAAGAGGAGUCACCAUAAUCCUAAAAUCUACUGAUGUAUUCUGUUAUGUCGGCAUGUUAGCAGGAAAAGAAAUCCAAUAAGUGUUUAUCUACCCUCUUCCAGUAUUAAUUUGUUGUAAUAUAAAUGUUAAGGGGACGAUAAAAUAGAUUAUUGUUGGGAAAAUUAGGUAUUAUAUGGAGUUUUGGUUCUAUGAGUUCCGAACAGCUCUAUACAGUAUUCGGUUUAUUGAGAAAUAUUUAUUGUAUCAAAGUACACUGUACUUAACAUUUAGGCCACCCCUUUUACUGUUUUUACAAUGCUUUAAUAUAUAUUAAUUUAUAUUUGUCCUGAUAUUUUUGUAUUUCCUGUUGUUGUUUUUUUUAAAACAAAGACUUAAAAUCAGGAUAUUUGCAAUAGGACUAAUAUAGCAUGUUGUCAUGGGGUAAAUAGAUUUGGUCUGGGUUCUUAAUUUUUACCUUAGCAACUUAUCAUCUGCUGUCACUGCUAGGAAAAGAUGCUGGAAACAACAUCUGAUGUAGUUUUCAUGAUAUGAUUGCAAAGAAUUGCAGCAUCUCUCAAGUCCUUGUAAUGUAUGAAGAAAAAUGUCUUUACAGUAGAUGGCAAGUGUGUUAGAAGUGAUCAUUUCCCCUAAAUAUUAUUACAUUACAAAAUGAUGUGUAGGAAAUAACACUAGAAAGUAGAUCUUUACAAACUAAUAUUCCCUUGGCGUUCCUUACCUUUAAAAUUAAAAGAGAGAGGCUGUACUACCAAGAACUGUGACUUUUCCCAAAUAUUAAAACUACUUUACUUGCCCUAAUGUUUCCCUUUGUUAACAUGUUGCUGCUAAAUCUCAAUAUAGAAUUGGUAAUAAUUCUUCAUAGUGGGUUGUGUUCUUUUUUCAGUAAAUCUCGGGGUACCCUGUGAAAAGGGUUUUUCAAUUUUUUAAAAGAAAAAGUUAGAUGUACAUGUGUAAUACAGUGUUGCUUUGUCUUAUUUGGACUGAUAUCAGUAUCUUUACUGAUGUUUGUAAAUUAAACAGAUAUUUACUUCA